CUUCUUUCCCAAGUGAACGUCACCAAAACCCACCACUUCAAAUAAAUCACAAACACCAAGGGCUCAACCCCGCAAUAACUCACAUAACUUCCACUACUGUAGACCCGUUCGGAAACUCAAAAUAUCAAGGCAAUGCGGCACUUUGGCACCAAAGCCGCCGGCAGCCUUGGCCGCCCAAGCAGCGUCGACGAGGCUGACCGCACCACAUCAGCAUCGCCACCACCAGACGUCGACAGAAGCCAGGAUGCGGGAGGAGUUAAGGCAGUCGCAGAGGAGGAAGAGGAAGAAGAGGACGACUACAUGAACAUGACCUUCGACGACCCGCCCGCCAAGCAACCAGAGACCUCCCUGCAGCGAAGCCAGCGCCUGCGGAAAGAAGGCCUCAAGCGCGGCAUCAUCCCGUCAAAGGCAGAGCUCGCCGCGCAGGAGCGGCAGAGACGAGAGGAGGGCCUGUCCAGAUCUCUCAUCACCGGUGCGGCUGGGGGGGCCGGCCCUGAUGACACGGGGACGCCUCCCCCAGCAGCCAACCCAAAGACCAAGAGCAAAGGCCUGGCCAUGAUGGCCAAGAUGGGCUUCACCCCGGGCUCCGCUCUGGGCAGCCGUGACAACCCCUCGGCGCGCAGCGAGCCUCUCCGCAUCGAGACCAAGGAGGACCGCGGCGGCAUCGGCGCCGACGCCGACAAGAAGAGGAAGCUCGCCGAGGCCGCCGAGGCCGCCGGGGUGGCCAAGCGCGCGCGCCUCGAGGAGAUCGGGGACUACAGGGUGCGCAUGGCGCGGGAGCGUGACGCCGCGCGCAAGGAGAAGCUGGUAUUUGCCGCGCAGAAGAUUGCUGAGAAGAUGGACGAGGACGGAGAGGGCGCGCCACCCGCCCCUGCCGCCGGUGCUGGUGCUGGUGAGGUCAGGGGCGGGGCCAAGAAGGCGGUGACCUCGCGGCCGCUCAAGUCAGUCCCCGUCGUCUACCGCGGCCUCGUGCGCCGCCGCGAGGAGGCGGAGCGGGACCGCAGGAUGCGGUACGACCUGGAGCAGAGCAGCGGCGGCCUGUCAGCCAAGCUGCCUGCGUACGAGGAUGACGGCAUGGACGACGACGACAAGAUGGCCCUGGGCGUUGGCACCGGUGGGCCCCCGGCCGGCCGCACCGAGACCAACAACAAGACGGUCUUCAUGCCGGCGGACGACCUGGACCAGGAGGACCAGGAGCUGGACGAGUUCGAGGCGCUCGAGGUCGGCGACAAGCUGGCAGGGCUGGUCGCGUAUCUCAGGGAGAGGCACCGAUACUGUUUCUGGUGCAAGCUGGCUUACCCUGACGAGGAGAUGGAGGGCUGCCCUGGGUUGACGGAGGAAGAUCAUGACUGAUCAUGUGUACGGUAUUUAGGUCGAGGAACAGUCUAGAGCAGCCUCGGCGAUCAAACUCUAGCAGUCAAUGGUCUACGCACUUUCUUC